CUACCAAGGAAUUUAAGACGAAACAUUAUAGUACUCUUUAACUAGUGGAGUACUUGCUUUUCCCUUUUAACUCGGCUUAUCCUCCUCAUCCUGGCUUUCACGGGUUCAACUGAUAAACUGUGUUACGAGCCACUCGUUUUCCCGCCAUUAACCAUUCCGCUUCUGCGAAAUCACAACGAGAUUUGGAAAAAAUUAAGGGAAGAAAUCCAAAUUUCAGAAACAAUGGGGUCCCUAUUUCUCAUUGUCCCGACUUCAAAGAUAUAUGGCACCUCUCUACCUAGUUCAAAGAUGUAUGGUAUUAUCCUCACAAUUGGUACACCUACCCUUAAUUUUCCGGUCUCUUCUCGAUCAACGUACCCUCCGAAAGGUCACCUCCGUUCCGUUUCUGUCCAAAGAUCUUAUUGUCAUUUAAAUCCACAAAGUGAUGGAGAAGAAGACCGACAAACCCAAGUUCAAGAUCUUAGGGUUCCUGACCAAUGGUUCGACCCUUCCAAAGCCCUGGAGGAAUCAGAGUGGCUAAGAGUAAGUCUGCAUAAAUGGUUGGAUGAGGAGUACUGUCCGGAGCCAACUAAUGUAGAAAUCAGCAAGGUCGCAGCACGCUCAUAUUAUGAAUCUUUGGUGGAGAAACAAACAGAUGUGGGCGAGAUUUUGUUAAAGAUGGCUGGAGAAUUGGAAUCUAUUUCGUAUCAAGAAAGCUUUCACGGAGCAUUCUCGUCGGCAAAUGCAGCAGUGAAUUUAAUCAUCCAACGGAUGGAGCAGGACUAGUUGCUUGACCAUGCACCACGAGUUUCAAGUGAAUUUUUUGUCCUCUCGCAUUGGAAAUGUUUAUGACAUAAUGCAGCUUUUGCUGGUUAUAUAAAGUUGCACAUUUUCCUAACAUGAAACUGUAACAUGUGUGGGGCAGCUGCUCCUUAAAAAUCACACUUCUGAAACUUACUGGAUGUUUGGAAACUACUGUUAAAUUAGUUUGUAUUAAGUUAUA